AUGACAACAGAAGUAGCCCAAAGUGUAAGGGCUCAGCCACAGACCCCGUUAGGUACAGAUAGUGAAGAAUGCAAUUGUCCUCAUUGUACUAAAAUAAAGAAGUCACGCCAACGUGAAAGGAGAAUGAGAAGAAAUGAGAAUAUUCGUAGACGUACGAAGUUUAACUUCCAAAUAGAUAUGGAUACUACCAAUACAAAAUACGAUGUUAUUACAUCGGUAGGAUAUCUUAGUGAAAAAUAUGGUCUUAGAAAGAGCCACUAUAUUGAAAAUUUUAUCAAAUGUAUUCAUCGUAAGAUCAACUCUGAUGUUAGUAAAAUCCCAGAUGAGUUUGUGGAUUCUUUGAGUCCUGCUGUGAAGUCUAAACUAUUUCUUCUAUUAGUUACUCUGUCUGAAAGAGGCGGUCCAGAUUAUUGGAUAGAUAAAAAUAAUCCUGAAAUUGAGGAUACUGAUAACGAUAUUACAACAGAUCAUUCUUCCGGGAAAACAAUAACAGAUCAGUUACAGGUAGCGACAGAAAAAGAUAAAAAUACAACAAAUGUAACAUCCAAUGUUAAGGAAGAUUCAAUGUCGGAUAAGGCUGACCAUGGCAGCGAGGAAUUUGGUUGUACGAAUACAUUAAUGGAGAAGAUCAUCCAACAAAAUAUUAAUUGUGAUUUUAAAGAAACUACCUACGAUGAAGACUAUGUGUUUUCAUCAAUAUGGGCUAAUUUUAUGGAAGGUUUAAUAAACCAUUACCUGGAGAAAGUUAUUGUUCCUCACUCAGAGAUGAAAGUUUGCCAACAAUUAUAUAAACCAAUGAUGAAAAUUAUCUCCUUAUACAAUGAAUAUAAUGAGCUGAUGGAGAAGAGUCUUAAGAAUGGAUUUUUGCCAGCACCAACCGAUUCAGAAGUUGCAGAGGGUAAGGAAAAGAAAAGAAUCGUGGAUUCUGAAAAAGACGAUGUGGUUACCAAGGAGAGAUUAGCCAGGGCUCAAAAAUUAUUAUGGCAAGCACGUCAAGAUAUUCCGAAAACUAUUAGUAAAGAGCUCACUCUAUUAUCUGAGAUGUAUUCUACGUUGAUUGCCGACGAACAGGAUUACGAACUUGAUGAAUUUGUCUGUUGCGCUGAGGAAUACGUUGAAUUAGAAUAUUUACCAGAACUUAUCGACGUCUUAUUUAUUAAUGGCAACACAAAAAUAUUCUGGAAAGUUUUGUUAGUCUUAGAACCAUUCUUCUAUUACAUUGAAGACGUUGGGGAUAUCGAUGAUGAUAGUGCAGAACUAAGCGAAGUCAGUGAGGAGGAAAAUGAGGGAUCUAGUAUUAUGCGAAGAAGAGCCUUUAAACCUGACCCUAGAGUGAUUACAUUAGAAAAGAUUUGUGAAGUGGCAGCCAGACAAAAAUGGAUCUAG